AUGGGCUUCAGUCCUUGGGCCAUUCUGGCCAUCGUCCUGACCGCCGUCGCCCUCGGCGCCCUCCUCUCCAUCCAUCAAUGGCGCAUCCGCGUCGACAGGCGCCAGAACCCGCCGGCCGCCGCCGCCGCCGACGAAAAGACGGCCGACGGCCAACCCGCCCAGCCACCGCCCAGCGACCUCGGGGAGUCCGGACACGGUCCUGGCCCGGGUGCGGCGGCGGUGGACGGCGCGCCGCCGCCGGAACCGACGCCGAGCAGACCGAGCGGCGUCAGCAGCAGCGCCGACAACGCCGACAAGGCAAGUCGCGGCGGCUCCACCACUACUGCGGACGGGAGGCAAGCCGAUUGA